GGCGCCCCUUCCUUAUCCGCUCACGUUAUCUUCACAGACACAGUAAAGAUACGUAUUUCAUUUCAUAUCCUCUUUUUGGUCUUCCCCAAGUUUCCUCCUAAAGGCAUAACGACCUCUCCCAUUCAAAAUACCGUUAACCCUAAUCUGGUAACUCUCUUUCGCAGCCCUCAAUUGGCGCCAUUACUACAACCAUGGAGCUCCAAGGACACAGAGGCUCUAAUAAUCCCAAAAUGAUGCUGUCUUCUGUACUGAGCAAGCGGGAAAAGCUUCAGGACGAACUCCGAAGUGUCGAGAAGCAGGUGUAUGAACUCGAGACAAGCUACUUGCAAGGAACGAGCACUUUCGGAAAUGCAUUGAAGGGCUUCGACGGAUUUCUUUCAUCGUCCAAGAAUACAGCUAAUUUAAAGCGAUCCCGGAAGUUUCAGCUCGAAGAUCGAAUCUUCUCGUUGUCGUCAGUCACCUCACCCGCGGCCGAGGAGCUUCGAGCCGGCAAAGAAGAUGGAAAGUCGGAUAUGGUCCAAGGUCGUCCUAAGGCUGGAGGCGGCCUGACAGCUGUUGCACCGGGGAAGCCGAAGAAGGGAAGAGGGGGGCAGCGGGAGGUGAAGAAAAUGAAGGCGUCGGGCGAGGUGGAUCCUGACGAGGAAGAUGAUCUUGAUCUCAGAUAGUUCGAAAUGUGUUUGUUUUAAUUUUAGGUAGUCGAAUGGCUGAUGUGUUGUGUGUUGUUCGUUCUUUUAGUUUGCUCCAAAUUUUUUUCCAAGUCUUUAUGAUUAAGGGCGUAGGUACGUAUUCUUUCUUCUUGUUUUAUUGUGGUGUUUUGUUAGUUUAUUUGAUGUUGUAAGAAGAUGUUAUUAGUUGAUGGAGUUUUUGGUAAGAAUUAUGUAUUAUGUACAACAAUUGUCUUACAUAUUUUAUUUAUUUCUUGAUAUUAUUAUUAUUAUUAUUAUUAUUACUACUA